AUGCUAUUAAAUGUAUCUUUAAUGAAAUCAUUAAAUAGUCGUGGAUAUUAUUUAGAGAAAAAAAUAGGACAAGGAUCGUUUGGAAGUGUUUAUCAAGCGUUUUACAGAAGAAGACCUUAUAUUAAGAAAAAACAAAAAUUAGCCUGCAAAACUGUAAACGGAUCUGAAGCAUCGGAAAUAUUUCUAAAUAAAUUUUUACCUCGAGAAGUUGAAGUUCUAUGUCUUGUGAAACAUCAAUACAUAGCAGAAAUUCACAGCAUUCUACAAUGUCAAGAUAUUGCUUUUAUUUUCAUGGCUUUUGCUGAAAAUGGAGAUUUGUUAAAAUACUUAACAGGAAAUGGUAAAGUGGACGAGCCACAAUCGAGAAUUUGGUUUUCACAAAUGGUUUCAGCAAUCAAAUAUCUUCACUCUCUUCACUAUGCUCAUCGUGACAUUAAAUGUGAAAAUAUCUUAAUAUCAAAGGAAAUGAAUAUUAGGAUCACUGAUUUUGCAUAUAUAGCACCAGAAAUAUUGCAACAUUUACCAUAUGAUCCUUUGAUAAGCGAUGUAUGGGCACUUGGAAUCGUUCUUACGAUUAUGCUGUUCAAUGACUUUCCUUUUGAAUUUGGAAAAAAAUCGAUGUUUAAAGUUUUAAAAAACAUUCGUCAGAAAAAUGUUUGCAUGGAUAGGAAAAUAGCGACAAAGUUAUCGGCUGAUUGUUUGAAAACAAUUAAUAAAAUAUUAGAACCAAAUCCAACUUAUCGACCAUCAAUAAAUGAAGUCGCAGGAAUGCCAUUUAUUAUUAAAAACAUUAUUGAUAUUUAGAGAAAAGGAACAAAAAGACUGACAAAUAAAUCUGUAAACAAAUAAAUAAAAUAUUAAUAAGACAAGACAAAUUUAAGUUUUCAUCUUUGAUUUUA